AUGAACAAUAAAGAUGACGCCUACAAUUGCGAACCCAAAUUUCGCCCAUGUAACAUUAAAAGCUUGAUCAAAUUCUCUGAAGACGGGUACGAAUCGGAAACUUUGUACCCUAAUAAUGAAAUGAACAAGAGCGAUCAGGGAUUUCCAAAAAACUAUAAUAAUCUGAUUGAGCAAGAAUCAGAGAACUUGGAAGAUAACAAAUUCGAAACAAAACUUCGCCCAUGGAACUAUAAAAACUUGGCGAAUAAAGAAGUCAAGCUCGCUCGUCCAAUCUUAACGAAAGUCGGCACGCGAAAACCUACUGGGGAGUUAGUGUUAACCGAUCUUUCGAACAUUGAUUACAACGACCCAAUUGAAGGCUGGAGAUAUGCGUAUGUUUCAAACCAUAACCCUCGCAAAGAAAUCAUGAUGUCGAUUGCAUGUCACCCAUAUCAGGGUAAAAUUGUACGAAUUGAUGGUUGUACUCUGGCAAAUAAACCGGUAGAUCUUGAAAAAUUGGCAAAAUUUGAAGAGUUUCUCAAUGAGGAGUUUAUGAAUGCUGUGGUGACUGAUGUUUUUUUAGAAGUUAAUCGUGAAGAUAUAUGUUAA